AUGGAAGUGAUGGAAGAAGGUAAUCUGAUGGACCGGGUGAGGAUCCUGCUACAAAGAGACUCGGGCUACUACCAGCAGCACCAACGUGUCCUGCAGGAGAACCUGUGCAUCGGAGUGGUGGGUGGAGUCCUUGACUUUCCCCACUAUGCAUCCUUUGCUGCAGUCAAGAUGGUCAAGUGGUGGGAGGAUGAGUACUUGGCAGCCUUCAAUCGCCCCUCAGGAUUACAAGGAGAGCUUGAAGUGGAGGGAGAGAGAGGUGGAGGAUGUGGGGGAGUAGCCAAGACUUCUGCCCCGUCAACAAUGGUAUCCCAGGUGGCUGAGUGUGGUGCCCAGCUUCUGGAGCACCUCCACACUCUCAGUCAAGAGGCGCUGGACCAUGCUGACCUGCAGGUGCUGACAGGCACUCUGGGGGCUGCAGCACUCAUCAAGAAUUGUCUCUGGAUAUACAACCAACACCUGACCAAGCUGGAUGACAAAAACAGUCUAUCAUUGCUGACGACAUACAAGAACUUCCAAGAAAUGUCAGAGUCCUUGGCAGAAAGACUAUUGGAUCUUCACUGCAGACUGAUCUCACUAUAUGUGAUGCAAGAUGCUGACAGUUUAAACUGGGAACAAAUACAACCUUUUUUUGAAUCUGAACGAGGGUCCUUUGUCAUUCAAAUGUGGUGGCUUUACAUGCAAGGGACAAGGUCAGAUCUUUGGAACACAGUUCCUCCCAAAACAGCUCAGAGAGUUCUUGCUGGGAUGUUAAAUGAGUCCCUUACAAUCUUCACAGUUCGAUAUACACAGGCGAGGGCCAGUAGUGGAAGAGCUAUGCUUCUCAUCACUGACAUUAGCAACUUGCUCCUGUGUGUAAGACACAUUCUACCCUCUAUUUGCAACUCUGCACCAGAGCUAACUGGUGUUUCUGCUCUUUCGCAGGUUGUGAGAGAUGUACAUGCUAAAUGCCAUGCACUUCUACAAUGCUUGCUACUCAGGGGAAGUCCUCUGAGCCUGUUGUACAAGGUUUUCAAUAAAGGCUGGAAGGAUGUACCAUGCUUUUCUCCUUUACCAACAUCAAGUAUUGCACCUUGGAUCAGCCUGAGUUCCUCAGAAAAGCUCACUUUGGGAUCAUCAGUUAUUGGAAAGAUUGAAUCUAUAUCUCUGGAACUCAGUGUGUUGCUAACUCAGCCUCAACCUUCUUGGCAUUUGCUUCUCAAGGUUCUCAUGAUGAAUGAUUGCUGGGUUGCUAACAAGAUUUUGCUACGAAUGGCCAGAAAAUCAUCUUCGAUUGGGUCUUCUUCAAAAGAUGAACUCAAAUGUAAAGGUUUCCUUUGCAGUGGAGAUUGUUACUUGCCAGAAACAACAGUUGAACAAGCUCUUGUUCAUAUAGUUACCACAGUUGGUAGUCCUAAUGAUGUAUCACUUACAUUGUUACCGUUUCUUGAACUCAAUCCAAGAUGGGCUGACUGCUUGGAUAGAAAACAGGUGUGGAACACUAGAAGACCCUCUUGGUUACAAGCCCUUGUGGAGCCAUCACAGCCUUGCCUUCAACCUGUAGUUGAUACUGUUCUUGAGGCUCUUCAGGGAGGUGUGCAUGUGAGUGAAGUAGUAGCCCUCGCUGUGGAGCUUGUAGCGGACAUGGUGGACUGUCUGCCCCCAGGACUGGUGUGUUGCUGUGACUUGCUAACAGAGAGCCUGCCAGCAGAUAGCACUCCCCUCGCUCACUCUGUUCUGGUACAGGUGCUCAUUACUGCACUAUACACUCAACUCAUCGACUCUCCUGUGGCUGAGAGACUUUGCACCUUGCACGAUGAACAACUUUCAGAUAUUCUGACAGCAAUCAAUGACCUUGGACGGGUUGAGAAUCCAGAGUUUGACCUUGAAGCUUCUUCUCACAUAUGUGAAGUACAAGUGAGCGAGCUUCUACUUACAGCCUCUGGUCGCAGGUCGCUUAAAGUUCUAUAUGAAUACCUGAAGACUGAGAGUGAUUGGUUGAUAGUAACCUUGGGCCAGACUCCUCUCCCUGUCUACUCCAACACUCUGUUGUACACAAUGUUCCAUGUGGGAGGUCGACCAUUUGACCAGGUCUUAGCAGGCACUUGGAGUCCAGACUGGAAUACUCUUCUCCACACUCCAUUAGGCCUCUCUCCUGCCUCUGCUUGGGAUCAGCUUAGCCUCCGUUCAGAGUUCUGGGAUUCUUGUUCACUGUCAGAACAUGACAAAGCUGUUGUGUCUAAGCUUCAAGGAAUAUUUACUGGUGUGCGACGGUUGAGCUCCUUAGAAACAGAGAAUGCUUAGUAGACAUAGAAUCAACAGUUUUUAGAAAUUUGAACCCUGCAGACAGUGGCAGU